UGAGAAUCGAUCUCACUGCUCACAAGCACACUUUUUCGUUGUCUCACUGUUCUGCAAGGUGACUCACACUUUACUCUCUCUCGCUCUCUCUCGAUUGCAACCAGAAUCAUACAAUCAAAGGUUAUUUCGCACAUCAGCUCUUGUCAUGGGAUCUGGAGCUGGGAAUUUCCUCAAGGUUCUUUUCAAGAACUUCGAUGUUCUUGCUGGGCCUGUUGUUAGCCUAGUGUAUCCUCUAUAUGCCUCGGUCAGGGCAAUUGAAACGCAAUCUCAUGCCGAUGACAAGCAAUGGCUCACAUAUUGGGUCCUCUACUCCUUAAUUACCCUCUUCGAGCUCACUUUCUCCAAAGUCAUCGAAUGGAUACCCAUCUGGUCAUACACGAAACUGAUAUUGACAUGUUGGCUCGUAAUCCCCUACUUCAGCGGUGCUGCUUACGUUUACGAGCAUUAUGUGAGACCUUUGUUCAUUAACCCUCAGACCAUCAAUAUAUGGUAUGUCCCGAAGAAGAUGGACAUUUUCAGAAAGCGGGAUGAUGUCUUAACAGCCGCUGAGAAAUACAUCGAGGAAAAUGGACCAGAAGCCUUCCAGAAGCUUAUAAGCCGGGCCGAUAAACACAGGAGAAACGACGAUUACACGGUGUUUAAUGACGGUUCUGGAUACUGAGAGAGUGAAUAAUCUCAAUCUUAGAAAUCUGUAAGAAAAUGUGUGUGCAGAGAAACAGAUCUUAACAAUGUCUUUUUGAUGUUGUUUGUCAGAAGUGUUCCUGUUUUAUGUGAACUUCUUCAAGGAGUUUCUGUUCAUGUAUAAACAAAUGCCGUCUUUGAAGGUUAUUUGUGUAAUUAUCUUAAUACU